AUGGAAGUUCUGUGUCCCUCAAAUCCGAGCUCAGGAGCAACAAAUGCCUUGACGGCAAAGACGGGAGUUCUGUGUCCUUCCAAUUCGAGCUCAGGACCAACAAAUGCGUUGACGGCAAAGACGGGAGUUCUCUUGGGAGCUACCAACGGUCUUGACGGCAAAUACGGCAAGUCCCGUGUCCUUCAAAUCCUACAUCGGGAGCUACAAACGGCCUUGACGGCAAAGAUGGAAGUUCUGUGUCCCUCAAAUCCGAGCUCAGGAGCAACAAAUGCCUUGACGUCAAAGAUGGGAGUUCUGUGUCCUUCCAAUUCGAGCUCAGGACCAACAAAUGCGUUGACGGCAAAGACGGGAGUUCUCUUGGGAGCUACCAACGGUCUUGACGGCAAAUACGGCAAGUCCCGUGUCCUUCAAAUCCUACAUCGGGAGCUACAAACGGCCUUGACGGCAAAGAUGGAAGUUCUGUGUCCCUCAAAUCCGAGCUCAGGAGCAACAAAUGCCUUGACGGCAAAUACGGGAGUUCUGUGUCCUUCCAAUUCGAGCUCAGGACCAACAAAUGCGUUGACGGCAAAGACGGGAGUUCUGUGUCCUUCAAAUCCGAGCUCAGUAGCAACAAAUGUCUUGACGGUAAAGACGGGAGCUCCGUGA